AUGGGAAAUCUUAUCAGCAAGACGUUUUCACCCGAUGCGGCAACUUCUGACUCCAGAUGCAUUUCCAAGCAUUACCGGCAGAGACGUCUCAAAUGGUCGGAUAAUGGACAACCCAGUAAAAAGCUUGAAGUAGUAUCGUCACCAUGUCACGCAGAUUCAAUUCACACGGGAAUCAAUAACAAGACAAGUUGCAAUAGACUCAGGCGGUGCGCACCACAACGCGAUCUUUACGAAGUUAACGGUGCCCACUUAACUCCGCCGAUUCUUUAA